CGAUGGCACGACCAAUCUGAUGGAUAUGCUCAUCAUCAGCAUGGUCAUCGUGUGCGUGCACUGGUCCUCGAGCCUGAGCACCGUGCUGGCCUUCAUGGCCGCCAUGAGGAUGGGCAUCAGCGCCCGAGCCCGGGACAGCAGGAGCUGGUUCCGAUGUCUCUCUCCAUUUCUCAAGAAACGGGAAGAGAGGGAUCAGCUCAUGUGCCUGACCUGGUGGGUUCACAUUGCCCGGCAUCGGCAUCCGACGGCCGUGGUGGCCAGCGCGCAAGACUCCGACUGCGGCCUGCCGGGCCACUGGUUCAAGAGCAAGGAGGAGCUCUUCAGAAUCGUCGAGGAGUGUGACAAAGGCGACCACGUCCAUCUCGAGACGUCGCGCCUGCUGUGGGUGUCGCAGGAGAUGGCGCUGCGGGCUCUGAUCAGCCUGGCCAAGCAGGAGAAGCUCGGCGGAGACGACGACAAAGCUUUCGCCCUCCUGGAGCGCGUCGUGCGCGACGGGAGAACCGAGUCCUGCCGCGGCCUGGCGGCGACCGCCAUCGCCGUGCUGGCGACGCAGCCCGAAGUGUUGUCGCUGAGCGAUCUGACCGAGGCCGUGGUGCCGCUGAAGCGCCUCGCCCGGUCCGAGGGCGUCGAGCACGUCGAGGUCGCCCUCGGGGCCCUGCUCAAUGCCUCGCUCCAGGACCAUUCCCACAAGGUCAUCGACCUCAUUGUCGACAGCAACAUUCUCGACAGCAACGAGGUCGGCAGCAGCUUCAUGUCGUGCCUCAUUCGGCACGCCCACAUCGGCAAAUCCACGCUUUGUCAAGAGCUCGCCGUCCGCUUAUUGAGCUGCCUGGUCGGGUCCAGGAAAGGGAAGCGCGCUCGGGAGGCGCUCAUAUCGUACAAGGGCGAGCAUGGAGGAGUCCCAGACGUGCAGCUCUGCACCGCCUUGAUCAAGCACGGCGUGUCGUCUCCGAUCAAAGCCGGCGGGGCGGCAGUUCUCGCCGAGAUCGCCUACUGGGAAGACUGGGAGGUCAAGGGGAGCGACCCUCACAUCGAGGAGUGCAUUCAGGCGCUGGUCAAGGCGCUCGAAGUGACGACGGCGAAAUUGAUCAUCGUCUCGGCCGCCAAGGCCUUGUGCAGCCUGGCUUACAACAACCAGGACGUCCAAGCCACAAUCGUCAAGGCCGAAGGCAUCCCUUCACUGGUGAAGCUGCUUGAAGCCCCCUUUACCGACUCCGGCCCCAAUGACAUUAACGGCCAGAUUUCCCCGCAACAGCUCGAUGCCAAUUACACUCUGAUCUGAGUUUUGUGGACCUCGGAAGAAUGGGAGGAUGUUCGAAGCGAUGACGUUCGAAGUGAUGCGGCCAGGGCUUUGCGAAUCCUGGCUCUCAACAAUCCCGAGCACCAAAUGCAGAUCGCAGAAGCGGGAGCGAUUCCUCUGCUGAUAGAUCUGAUGGCCAGUAGAAGUCCCAAGGUGCAGGUCCAAGCGAUGGCUGCUCUGUCGGGUCAUUCCUUCCAAAGCCCGACCAUUAAGGAUAUGAUCGGCGAGUGUGACGACGGCAAGUUCUUCUCGGGACUCAUGGAUGUUCUCAGAUCCAAUGAAGGCCAUGACCCCAUGGCCGAGCCUAUUCUGGAGAAAGUCGCUCAUCUCACCCAGGCUCUGGUCGAGGGGAAUGAGUCGAAUCGGCAGAAGGCUCUGAACAAGAACAUGAGGGAGAAACUUGGAGAUUGUAUCAAGAAAAGUAUUUAUAAGAACAACGGGAAAGCCAAACAAAUCGUCGACGGGGCUUUAAAGAUCUUAUCGGAGGAACAACGGAGGAACAACUGACAUGAUCAGGUCCAGCCUUUCUUCAUGAUCCAAACAUGCCCCGUCCUGAAUCCGAGCUGCAAUGGCAUGGCGGGAACGGUAUUCAUAGCGCGAUUCAGUUGUGUCUGUUUGGGUUUGGUGAGAGAAAGAUAGUAGGUAGUCGAAAGAUUCGACUUUACGAGAUGAACUCCGGCAGUGCUCCGAAGUGACAAAUCGGCUAAGAAGCCACUGACGCAUUUGGUUCUCCGCGGAUUUGGUUUCGGGUGAUGAGAAUUUGUUUGUAUUUGUUUGUAAACGGUAUACAGAAG